AUGAAAGAUGUCAUACUGGAGAGAAAGCCUCUGAAAAUACUCAGUGUGGUAAAGCCUUUGCACAACACAGUCAUCUCCAAAGACACAAAAGCACACAUACUGGAGAGAAACUCUAUGAAUAAAAACCUUACAAAUGGAGAGAAACCUUACGAAUGUGAACAAUGUGGUAAAGCCUUUACAUCUCAUAGUUAUCUCCAAGUACAUAAAAGAAUACAUACUGGAGAGAAGCUCUAUGAAUGUGAUCAAUGUGGUAAAGCCUUUACAUCUCAUAGUUAUCUCCAAGUACAUAAAAGAAUACAUACUGGAGAGAAGCUCUAUGAAUGUGAUCAAUGUGGUAAAGCCUUUGUACUUCACAGUGCUCUUAAAAGACAUAAAAGAAUACAUACUGGAGAGAAGCUCUAUGAAUGUGAUCAAUGUGGUAAAGCCUUUACAUCUCAUAGUUAUCUCCAAGUACAUAAAAGAAUACAUACUGGAGAGAAACCUUACAAAUGUGAUCAAUGUGGUAAAGCCUUUGCACAACUCAUUCAUCUCAAAAAGCAUGGAAUAACACAUACUGGAGAGAAACCUUACGAAUGUGAACAAUGUGGUAAAGCCUUUACAUCUCAUAGUUCUCUCCAAGUACAUAAAAGAAUACAUACUGGAGAGAAACCCUACAAAUGUGAUCAAUGUGGUAAAGCCUUUGCACAACUCAGUCAUCUCAAAAAGCAUGGAAUAACACAUACUGGAGAGAAACCUUACGAAUGUGAACAAUGUGGUAAAGCCUUUACAUCUCAUAGUUAUCUCCAAGUACAUAAAAGAAUACAUACUGGAGAGAAGCUCUAUGAAUGUGAUCAAUGUGGUAAAGCCUUUACAUCUCAUAGUUCUCUCCAAGUACAUAAAAGAAUACAUACUGGAGAGAAACCCUACAAAUGCAAUCAAUGUGGUAAAGCCUUUGCACAACUCAGUCAUCUCAAAAGGCAUAAACUAAUACAUACUGGAAGAAAAUCCUACAAAUGCAAUCAGUGUGGUAAAGCCUUUUCACUAAACAGUCAUCUCAAAAGGCAUGGAAGAACACAUACUGGAGAGAAACCUUACGAAUGUGAUCAAUGUGGUAAAGCCUUUGCAUCUCAUAGUUAUCUCCAAGUACAUAAAAGAAUACAUACUGGAGAGAAGCCCUAUGAAUGUGAUCAAUGUGGUAAAGCCUUUGUAGGUCAGAAUGACCUUAAAAGACAUAAAAGAACACAUACUGGAGAGAAACCUUACAAAUGUAAUGAAUGUGGUAAAGCCUUUGUAUGUAACUCUAAUCUCCGAAAACAUAAAGCAACACAUACUACAGUGAAACCUUAUGAAUGUAACUAAUUUAGUAAGUUCUUUGCCUCUCAUGAUCAACUUUGACAACAUGAAAGAAUUCAUACUGGAGAGAAACCUCACAAAUGUAGUCAAUGUGGUAAAGCAUUUUCACAAUCAAGCCACCUCCAACUACAUAAAAGAACACAUACAUACUAAAGAGUAACCGUAUGAAUGUAACCAAUGUAGUAAAGCCUUUACUAUGAUAUUCAAAGGCAUGGUGGUUUAAAUAUAUUUGGCCCAUAGCAAGUGGCAGUGUUAGGAGGUAUGGCCUUUUUGGAGUAGAUGUGGCCUUUGAGGAAGUAUGUCACUGUCGGAGGGUUAUGGGCUUUCAGACCCCAUGCUUAAACUCUACCCAGGGCAGAAGAGCCUUCUGGCUGCCAUCUGAUCAAGAUGUAGAACUCUCUCUUCCAGCACCAUGUCUGCUUGGACACUGACAUUUCUUCCACCUUGAUAAUUGACUGAACAUCUGAAUCUGUAUACCUCCCCUCCCCCCAAUUAAAUGUCCUUUCUAAGA